AUGGGAUUCUACACCUUCAGAUGGCCCCGACAGGCGCAGGAAGUCAUCGUCACCGGCAGCUUUGACGACUGGGCGAGGAGCAUCAGGCUCGAAAGGACGGACGCCGGCUUUGAAAAGGAAGUCCUCCUCCCUGAGACCGACGAGAGGAUCCUCUACAAGUUCAUCGUUGACGGACACUGGCGUACUGACCCUGCUGCGCUGCAAGAAGAGACAGACGAACACAACAACAUCAACAGCGUUUUACUUCCAAGGCACAUCUCGCCAACUUCUUCCGCAAACAUGGCAAACGGCAACAACAAAAAGAACAACAACAACAACAACAACAACAAUAACAAUAACAACCGCUCGGCUCCCAUAACAACGACAAUAUCGGGGGUCUCACCCGAGUCAACCACUGCAGCUCUGGCUGGUGCUGUCCCCAAGGAGACCAGGGAGCCUAAUUUCCAGCAGGCUACCAUCUCCUCUGCGGCUCCAUGCUCCUCUACUGCCCAGCUAGCCGGACAAGUGCCCUUUGAGAAGCCACCGGGGACUUACCCAGAGAGUCCCAUCAAGGAUGAAAGUUACUCUGCUAACCCCCUGCCCGCCACCGGCACCCUUGGAAACCCUGUCAAGCUUGCUCCGGGCGAGAAGGUACCUGAUUCGGCCAAGAACAUCUCCUCCACGGGUCUAGGCAGCAAUGUAACUCUCGAUAAGGAAAGCUACGAGAGGGGGGCUAGUGACCCAGCUAUGGCGGCCAUGGCUGCUGCUGCUGCUGCAACAGGAGGAAAUGAUAAGACCAAGAAGCAGGGUGACUGCGGUAAAGACAGCCAGCAGAAAGUCUCUGGUAAGGGUGACCAGCAGAGAUCCUCUGGCAGGGAUGACCAGCAAAAAUACUCUGGCAGAGAUGACCAGCAAAAAUACUCUGGCAGAGAUGACCAACAAAAAUACUCUGGCAGAGAUAACCAGCAGAAAUUCUCCAGCAAAGAUGACCAGCAGAGAUUCUCCGGCAAGGAUGACCAGAAAUUCUGCGGCAAAGAUGACCAGCAGAGAUUCUCCGGCAAGGAUGACCAGAAAUUCUGCGGCAAAGAUGACCAGCAAAAAUACUCUGCGAGCCCUAUGGCUGCUACCGGAACCGUUGGAAACCCCACCAUGGUCUCCUUGGGCGAGAAACAGUCAGGUUCGGCCAAAAAUGGCACCCCCAAGGGCCAAGGCAGCAGCGCCACCACCGACAAGCAGAGCUACGAUAAGGGAGCCAGCGGUCCAGCUAUGGCUGCCAUGGCUGCUGCUGCUGCUGCCACUGGAGGAAACGGGAAGAAGAAACAGGGCGAGAACGGUAAUGGCCAGCAACAAUUCUCUGUUAGCCCCUUGCCUGCUACCGGAACCGUUGGAAACCCUGUCAAGGUUGCUCCGGGUGAGAAGCUGCCUGAGCAAAGCACCAUCACUUGCAACACUGUCGACUCAAACGUAACUACCGACAAGAAAGGCUACGAAAAGGAUGCCAGUGACCCUGCUAUGGCUGCUAUGGCCGCGGCAGCAGCAGGAGGCAAUAACAAGAAGACAGGAGGGAAUAACAAGAAGCAGGCUAACACCAGCGACGACCAGCAACAAUACUCCGUUAGCCCCUUACCUGCCACCGGAACCGUUGGAAACCCCGUCAAGACUUCUCCAGGUGAACAGCUAUCAAAGUCAGGCGACGCCACCUGCAACACCAUUGACUCCAAAGUUACUACUGAUAAGCAAAGCUAUGACAAGGAUGCUAGUGACCCUGCCAUGGCUGCUAUGGCAGCUAAGCAGCACGACAAGAAGAACACUUUCUCGGCCCUCCCUGUUGAUGAGCCCAAGUCCAAGUCUGUCGGCCCUAACGAAAACCCUUCUAUCUCCUCUGCCGCUCCCCAGGCCACCACCGCCGGCCUAGCUGGUGGUGUGCCCCUGGAAAAGCCAGCUGGCUCUUCCAAGACUGCUCCUGCUGUCGGUGGCCAGCAGUAUGACCCUGAAGUCCCCGCCAAGCAGGUUCCUGAGCGUGUCAAGGAGUCUAUGAGCAAGGCUCACGUUGACCCAGAGGCCGCUUGCCUUCCUGAGAUGGUCCAGGAGAAGAAAGACCUCGAAAAGGAGCUUCUUAAGGAAGUCUCGCCGGCCACGGGCAGCGGUCAGCCCGCUCCCACCACCUCAGCCGCCGCCACUUCCACUGCUCCAGCACCAACUUCUACCACCACAACCACCACCUCCUCCACUGCUCCAGCUGCUCAAGCACCCGCUACUACCACCACCUCCACCACCGAACCAACUUCGAAGCAAGAUUCUCUCCAGCCAGGAACCGUAACUGACACCGGAGACGUCUCACCCAAAUCUCAUACACCAGAGGUCCCAGCCGGAGGCGCUGUCUGUGAAAGCUCUGGGAAUGACGGGCCCGUCACCAAAGGAACUACCGCCUCCCAAGUCCCCGAGGCGCCCAAGGAGACCCCGGAAGCCACCACCGGCCCUGUUACAACUGAAGUUCCCGCUACCUCGGGCGCUCCAGAACAGAAGGCCCAAGAACAAAAGCCAAUUGAGCCUCGAACCACUGCCACCGUCACAGCAGGUGCAGACGCAGACACUUCAGCCCAGGAAGAUGCCGAAGCUGCAGCUGAUGAUAUGGACAGGAAGAAAAAGAACCGUAUCAGCGGCUUCUUGUAUAGGCUCAAGGAGAAGUUUGUCUAGGUCUCCCCUACCCAACCACUCUUUUUCACCGGUUGAAUCGGCAGAUAUGAAUAUAAUGUCUCUCUCCCUCCGGCAUUCGUAAUUUACCCACUUCAAAUCGUUCGCUACCCCAUUUCCUAUGUUUUGCUCGGUUGGCCAUUCUUGUCUUAUGUUCAUGUUUAUGUAUUCUGUCGAUAUCCAAAUUUGUCUGCUUGUCUUGUUCUAAUGUCAAUUCAAUCAGUCAAGCUUUUCUUACUUAAGUUGCUAGUUAGCUAGCCGUACUUGUCCCAGAUAUAAAAUAUGUCUCUAAUUCAGACCGCAUUCACCUCAUCAUCGCUGUAAAUUAGGUAGUCGCCUUUUAUCCUGUGCUCUAUACAAGUCACCUGUAUAAGUAAAAGUAAUAUUUAUCGUUAACUGCAAACCGCUCGUUCAUACCACUUAUAGUUUAUCAAUACAAAUAAUUAGCUAAAUGCGGCGUUCUACGUGGACAUAUUCUGGUUGACAGAUAUAAGCACUAUGGUGUACGGGGUGGUCGAUGAAGUAUCCCCGGUAUAUUCGGACUGCAGAACAGUAACGAGCACCUAGUUAACUAGUUACUAGAAUAUAGCUGGCAACAUGAAUGUGGGUUUUAAUUUCGAUAAUUGAGGUGGAACUCAAUACAUAUACUGGGUUAAAUGAAUUAGAAAUCAUGGUAUUCCUAUUUCGUUGGUGUAAAAAAGUAUAUUUCAUAGUUAUUAUUGCUGAAUCGUUUAACAUCAAGAGAAACCAUACUGGGUAUCACAAAAGAGAAUAAGA